GUUUAGUUUUCUGUGUUUUUGAUAAAAUGGAGGCCAACAAUAAUCCUAAUAUAGUCGUGCCAUUCGUCGCUAAAACUUAUCAGAUGGUCAAUGAUCCGAUGACUCAUGGUUUGAUCACUUGGGGUAAAGCUAAUAAUAGUUUCAUAGUCGUUGACCCUUUGGAUUUCUCUCAAAGGAUCUUGCCUGUUUACUUCAAGCACAACAAUUUCUCUAGCUUCGUUCGCCAGCUUAAUACUUAUGGUUUCAAGAAGGUGGAUCCGGAUAAGUGGGAAUUCGCCAACGAAUGGUUUCUGAGAGGGCAAAAGCAUUUGUUGAAGAACAUAGGGAGGAGGAAGCAUAAUAAGAGUUCUUACAUGCAAGUGAAGGCCGAGGAAUUAGACGACGAAGAAAUAGUGAUGGAAAUAGCGCGGCUAAAAGAGGAGCAAAAUUCGUUGGAACAAGAGCUGCAAGAGAUGAACAAGCGUUUGGAAGCCACCGAGAGACAGCCGCAACAAAUGAUGGCGUUCCUCCACAAAGUCGUCGAAGACCCCGAUUUGCUUCCCCGUAUGAUUCUCGAGAAGGAACGGACGCGGCAGCUCAACGCCGACAAGAAGAGGCGGUUGAUGAUGAUGAAGCCGAACGUCUCUUGUAACAAUUCGGUGAAAUCCGAAGAGGAAGAAGAUGGUCUUCCGGGAGUCAUUUCGUCCCCGAAAAUUGGGUUCUGUGGCUCGAGUUAUCAAUCAUCGCCUUCGCGGGGUCAGGACUCGAAAGAAUUAUUGGGACAAAAUAUACAACAGAUGAACUAUAGUUGCGCCACGGUAACAAGCCAAUUGCCGGCGGUGAUGAUGACUCCGACGAUGAUUGGAAACAGCAUGGCGGUGAACUCGCCGUCCACGAAUAGCGUAGCGGGCUAUGGCUAUAGGAACGGGCAAGUGGGUUAUUUAGGAGAAAUGGCGGCGGCAUGGAUGGAGGCGCGUCCACGACCGCCUUAUCCAUUUUCACUAUUAGAGGGUGGCUUUUAGUUAGUUCCGUCACAUGAUUUAUCUUGGAUUUUUUCUUAUAGUAUGAUGAUUUUGUUUUUAGUUUUA